CCGUGUCACCGCCUCCAAGGUAAUUGGUGCUUUCAAGCUGCAAGAAUCGAACUAACAUGGUGCCACCACACCCAGUGGAUUAUGUCCAGCUCAGGUAUUAAAGAGUGGUGAACUCAGCACCUAUCAGACUGGCGAGGCUGCUAGCGACAGCAAAUGCAUAACCACCAGGGUCUGCCUAACCUAUGGACGAUUCUAUAGACAGCUGAAUUAUCACUUCAAACUUCACAUACAGCAUCACUCUUGGAAUCACCUGCAGGGUCCUUUCGCCCAUCACUUUCUUCUUCGCCAAUCUCCUAUUCGACAAAGGAGAGCCGUACCCCAAAGGCUGUAUGAGAACUAGACAAUCAGUACACACAAGGUAGGGCUAGAUUAUGCAAACAACAAUGGGUUCUCUUAGAGUCGGAGGCAUAUCCCGCCCGGAGUUGACAGAUGUUAAGAAGACCGGGCCAUCCAUCACGAAUGUGGAGCAUUUAUCUUCUUAUAAUUGGAUUGAAUCAUCCAACCCCACUAUUGCUGUCCCCGGCUGCCCGCCUCUUUGGUCUCCACCCAGUACCCCCAAAAGAGUGGCCAAAGACUCCGGGCUCAUUUACAUUGCUCAAAACGCGUUUCGCCAUCCUGAAAGUCCGCUCGAACCACUUUUUCGCUCGCUGUACACUGAAAACCCUUCAUACAACAUACACCAAGUUGACUUGAUAACUGAUCGAAAUAACGUGCGCAAACUUCUGUCGUUCAUCAAUCCUAAUCUCUCUCGAAAUGGGCUGGAGCCUUUCACUAUAGAAGUUGAGGUCACAGGUAAUACAGCAACUUUUUGUCGAGCAGAAUCUAAAACACAUGAAUUCAUCGGGCCACAUGACUUCAGGGGAUACGGUCAUGAGUUUGAGAAAGCUUUCACAACAACUCAAGUACCCGGCAGUACUGGACAUCAUCGGAUAAUCUCCUAUAACCUGGGCGAUAUGAAAUUCAUCGUACGCUAUGAGACUGACGCUUACGUUGAAGAUCAUUCACAUCUUCCACCUCAAAGGACUCACUCUCGUCUUGCCACCAAUUCCAAAUUAGUGGUCCAGAAAAAAGGAAAGCAGGUACCAAUCAAGACAACUCUUGAGAUCAAAACACGCGUGUCCCAUAAGCCUCUCAAUAUCCAGGAUCUUUUGCCCCAGCUAUGGGUAUCGCAAACACCCAAUCUUGUCUGUGCCUACCACAAUUAUGGCACAUUCAGGCCGGCGGAAGUCAAAGAUGUCACUCGUGAUAUUGCUGAGUUGGUUGUAUUGGUCAAGGAAGUCAUUAGAGUGGUGAGAGAGAAUGGUGGGAAUGCUGUCAUAAAAUAUGACGGUCAAAGUGACAAGCUUGCGGUUUUGAAGAAAAAAGGGAGCAGGAUGUUACCAGAUGAUCUUUAUCUCAAAUUCGGUGAUGAAACGGGACCAACUCAAGCGAUUGAGUCGAAUUCUCGCAAAACAUCACUCAAAAUUGGGGAUAGUUUCCACAAUGUUGACAUCUUGGCGAUACCAUCUUGA